UCUGUUUAUGAAUCGCAAGUAAUAUCAUCGCGAUAUUCAAUAUCUCCUAUAUAUCUCCAUCCUCAUAUCGAUAUAGAUGCUGCAAUGAUGAAGCAAUGCUAUGUGGUAUUUCCAGUGGAUUAAAAAUGAUAUUUUUUAACAUUCUGUGAGCAAUUUUAGGAAAAAAGAAAGUAGCAACUGUAUGUCCCAACCAUGAGUGGGAAAAGACAUAAAGACAUCACCAUGUUGUUUUUUUUUUCUUGAAGAUGACCUUAUCUUCAGUCCGCUGCAGAAAUGCCUGGAAGCCAGUACAAGAUGACAGUCACCAAGCGCCUCUACAGCCUGACGGACAGCUCCGGCGCCGGCCUAGAGGACGAGGAGGCAGACGGCCCGCCGCACCUCACCCCCCUGCAGAAGCUCACCGCCGACAUGUGCAAGGACGACACGACCAUCAAGGACCUGAUGAUCGGCCGCAGGGUGGGCUUCUACAAGGUCCGCGGGGAGAUCGGCUCUGGGACCUUCUCCCGGGUCAAACUGGCUUUCCACGCUCUGACUAAAGACAAAGUGGCACUGAAGAUCCUGGAUAAGACGCGGCUGGACAGUCAGUCCCAGCGUCUGCUCUCCAAGGAGAUCAGCAGCAUGGAGUGCCUGCAGCACCCCAACGUGGUGUGUCUGUACGAGGUGGUGGAGACGCCGAGACGCCUUUACCUGGUGCUGGAGUACGCGGGCGGAGGGGACCUCUUCAACCAGAUAUUCACCCAGGGAAAACUGUCCGACAACGCCAGCAAGGUCACCUUCGCCCAGAUCCUUUCUGCUAUCAAAUAUUUGAAAUCUCCAACCGGCUCGUGUGUGUUUUGCUGUGCAGCACGACAACAGCAUCAUUCACCGGGACCUGAAGGCCGAGAACGUUCUGAUCAGCUGCAGCGGCUGCGUGAAGGUGGCCGACUUUGGAUUCAGCACGCGGCUCUCGAACCGCAACGACACCCUCGACACCUUCUGUGGCUCGCCGCCCUACGCCGCCCCAGAGCUCUUCAGGGACGAGUGCUACCUGGGUCCCCCGGUGGACGUGUGGGCCAUGGGGGUGCUGCUUUUCUUCAUGGUGACCGGAACUAUGCCGUUCCGCGCCGAGACCCUGGGCAAGCUGCGGCGCUGCAUCCUGGAGUGCGCCUACACCGUCCCCCCCUGGGUCCCCGGCCCCUGCCAGAGGCUCAUCAAGGGAAUCUUGAAGGCGGUCCCCGCCGAGCGCUACGCCGUCGACCAGAUGCUGGGCUGCGAUUGGCUCCUCCCUGUGGAGUUUCCCUGGUCGCUGGUGCCGCCCGAGCCGGCGAGCCCCCAGCAGAGCCUGCUGGACUCGGAGCGCGAGGACCUGGAGGAGGAGGUCCGGAGCGCGCUGGAGGAGCUCGGCUUCAGCGCGGCGCACCGGUGGAACGACCUGCCCAAAGAAAGCCGCAGCCCCGUCACCGGCGUUUAUCGAAUCCUGCUGCGCCGAGCCCAAAGGAGGAGGGGCAGCGACAGUCCCCCCGUGGUCCGGGGGAUGGUGAGGGACCCCAAGAGGGAGGGGCUCCGGGCCUACAGGGGCCUCAGACACACCUCCAAGUUUUGUGUGCUUUCAUGAAAGAGUGGUGGAGACGCUUCAGCACAGUUUUUAUACACUUUUUUUUUUUAUACAAACUUACGUUUUUUUAUUUUACUUUUUUUUUUUUUUUUUACAGGAAAGUGUAGUUUUUACUGAAACAUAUUUUUUUACAAGUUUGUAGCAUUUCAUAAAUGUGUUUGACUUCCUUCAGUGCAACUUUUUGGGAUAACCUAAGGUAUACAGGUAUGUACUCUAUGUUAAAGUGCCUGAUGAAAUUAAACAAAAGUAAAAGUUGUGAAAGAAUC